UAUUUUUAGCACACAGUAAAAACCGUUGUUAAACAUAGGUUAUGACCAUAACAGUAGUAACAACAAAAACAACAACGAUAUUGUUGUUAUUAUGAGUAUACUACACGAUGAUAUUGUGAUUAUUACACCAUCAAAAAAAGAAGGUGAAGAAGCUACCAUCGUAACCGUUAACUGUCCGGACAAAACCGGUCUAGGUUCUGAUUUAUGUCGCAUCAUUCUCUUCUUUGGUCUCACCAUUCUCCGAGGAGAUGUUUCAACUGAUGGAAAAUGGUGCUAUAUUGUAUUCUGGGUGGUGGGAAAAGAAAAAACAAGGUGGAGUUUGUUGAAGAAGAGACUAAUCGCUGCUUGCCCUUCUUUUUCUUCAGCUUAUGCAUUCUCUUUCUAUUCCACUCAUUUACCGUCUCCGAAGCCUCCUGAUCUUUUUCUUUUGAAAUUUUGUUGCAAAGAUCGGAAAGGUCUUUUACAUGAUGUGACAGAGGUUCUGUGUGAGCUAGAGCUCACCAUACAGAAAGUGAAGGUUUCUACCACACCUGAUGGAAGAGUGUUGGAUCUAUUUUUCAUCACGGAUCCAAGAGAGCUUCUGCAUACAGAGAAGAGAAGGGAUGAUAUAGUUAACAAAUUAACACCUAUUUUGGAGAAUGUUUUCAAUACAAUUGACAUUGAAUUGGUUGAUCCAUCUAUUUUUGAGAAGGUCUUCAAUACAAAUGACACUGAACCAGUUGACUCAGAAACUACUGAUUUUUCUCAAGCAUCUCCGCCUCUUCCAAAUGUAAUCACAUAUGUAUUUGAUUUGCAAAGUGGAACUUCCACAUCAGAUUCUGUUUCUAUUGUGAUGGAUAAUAAAUUGAGUCCUGCUCACACACUUGUCCAAAUUAUGUGCCAUGAUCAUAAAGGUCUUCUUUAUGACAUCAUGAGAACUUUGAAGGAAUACAAUAUUCAGAUAUCUUAUGGGAGAUUCUCAAAGAAAAGUAGAGGAAAAUGUGAGAUUGACUUGUUUAUCAGGCAAGUUGAUGGCAAAAAGAUAGUUGAUCCUAGCAAGCAAGAAUCUUUAUCGUCUCGUCUUAAGAUUGAACUACUCUGCCCACUCAAAGUAGCGGUAGUGAGCAGGGGUCCUGAUACAGAAUUGCUGGUUUCAAACCCUGUCGAGUUGUCUGGCAGAGGAAGGCCGCUUGUUUUUCAUGAUAUCACUCUUGCUCUCAAAAUGCUUGGACUUUGUAUCUUUGCGGCUGAAGUUGGAAGACAUGUGAUUGGAGAGCGCGAGUGGGAAGUUUAUAGAAUCUUGCUUGAUGAAGUGGAGGGAUUACCUUUUCCAAGAAACAAGAUUGAGAAAGGAGUUUGGGAAAUUUUGAUGGGUUGGCAGUGAUCCCAUGUCUAGAGAAGGUGACUGAUGAUUCUAUAGAGUUUGAACUCUCAUAGUUCCCAAGCAUAAAUGAGAUCACUAAUCAGAGAAGAUGAACAAACUCAUCGUUGCAUGGUUACAAUGAGCCAAACAAGCCGCAUCGAAGUGAAUGAACCCCGGACGUAUGAGCUGAAUCCAAUUUCAACAAAGGGAACCCAAUUCCACCAUCCUUCACUCUUAACUAAUCUGGAGCCUUGUGAUUUGUUAGUUUGUUCAUUGAUUUUGAACUUGUUAUGCUAUUUUUGCUUGUUGAGGUGCGGACCUGUUUUGUGAUUUGGGAAUAUCUCUAUUGAUGCUGAAUUGUAAUGCUGUGUUUGUGUCCAG